UAACGAUCGCUGCGACGUCUAGCAGUAACAAUAGCAGUAACUUUCCGUUAGCUCUAGUCAACGAAAUUGAUUUUUUUCACCGAGUGAGAAAAAUUAUUAUAGCCGAGUGACACUUUGAAAAGCUGCACAACCUUUUUCGCGACACGAAAAGCCUUUUCAAACCGGCCAACUGGCUUGGAUCAUAUAGUUUGUAUAAAGAUGAUGGUAUCUGUUCAAUCGCUGGGGCCAGUCUUAUUAUUCAUUUGCAGUGUUGUUUUGCCUCUGAAUGCUCUGGACAACGGAUUGGCUCGAACACCGCCAAUGGGCUGGAUGGCAUGGGAGAGGUUCAGAUGUAACGUGGAUUGUAAAAACGACCCAGAAAACUGUAUCAGCGAACGUCUCAUUAAAGAAAUAACAGACCGCAUCGCGUCAGAUGGAUUUAAAGAGGCUGGGUAUGAGUACGUGUGUAUUGACGACUGCUGGUCCGCCAUGAACAGAAGUAAAGAUGGUAGGAUUGUACCAGACUUGGAACGAUUUCCUAGUGGCAUGAAGAAGCUAGCAGACUAUAUCCAUUCAAAGGGACUCAAGUUUGGGUUAUAUGCAGACUAUGGGACCAAGACGUGCGCAGGGUAUCCUGGGAGUAUCAAUCACGUGUACAAGGAUGCUCAGAUGUUUGCCGAGUGGGGAGUAGAUUACUUGAAGCUCGAUGGCUGCUAUGCUAGUCCACUUGCCAUGGAUGAAGGAUACCCGUUGUUUUCAUGGGCGCUGAACAGGACAGCACGGCCAAUCAUGUACUCGUGCAGUUGGCCAGCUUAUCAAGUAUAUGCAAAAAUAGACCCAGAUUACAAGACCAUUGGAAAGUUCUGUAAUUUAUGGCGCAAUUAUGGUGACAUUCAGGAUUCGUGGUCUAGUCUACAGCACAUCAUAAACUGGUUUGGUGAUAAUCAGAACACACUCAUCAAAGUGGCGGGUCCUGGGCACUGGAAUGAUCCUGAUAUGCUUAUUAUUGGGAACUUUGGUUUGAGUUUCGAACAGUCGCGUGCACAGUUCGCCAUUUGGGCCAUUCUAGCAGCGCCUCUCCUCAUGUCCAAUGAUUUGCGUGACAUCGACGAAAGAUCGAGGAAAAUCCUUCUUAACAAGGAAAUUAUUGAUGUCAAUCAAGACAGCCUUGGAAGACAAGGAAGAAGAGUUUACCAGAACAAAAAGACAAACACUGAGGUCUGGCGCCGUUACCUUAGCGACGGAAACGUCGCUGUGGCGUUGUUAAGCAAGCGAGAUGACAUGCCUGUUUUCAUUGAGGCGCCAUUUUGGAGGAUUGGCAUCCGUUCUGUACGUGCUAAAGUAAGAGACUUGUUCGCCCAUAAAUACCUCGGUAUCUACGAAAGAUCAUUUCUGGCAAAAGUUAACCCCAGUGGGGUAGUGAUGGUCAAGAUUUCACCUUGCUGUGAAGAGACACAUAAAAAGCAGCGAAAAAAGAAGCACUUCAAAAGAAAAACCAAGAAAGACCGGCGUACGACGAUAAAUAGUUUUGUGGAUGCAAUAUAUAAAAGACCAUAAUUGUUUAUUUUGUUGUGAAAAUUGAAUAACUUUUGUGAAAAUAAUA